UCUGCUCUCAGCUCCAGCACACACGCACUGUCAACUCACCCGCGCAACUUUACUCGAUCACUGGAUUUUACAUCACUUUUGGAGUACAAAAACUUACUUUCCCGGUGUGAAACGUUAUUGGACCUGCGUUAUAGGACAUGGAGGUUUAGAAGGGGCGAUUGUCGUUGUAACGAGUAAGAUUUGGGCCAUAUUUCGUGUUUGAUGGCUGCUGGGGAUGGAGCCCAGCUGCCGGCGACCGUAGCGGCCAGCAGGAGCGUGGAGAAGGCGCUGGAAGAAGCUGCGUCCAGCGGAGCGCUCAUCCUCUCCAACCGCAAACUAAAAGAGUUCCCCCGCACCUCCAAGAACUAUGACCUGUCCGACAUUACACACGCAGACCUUUCAAAGAACCGGCUCUGUGAGGUUCCAGAGGAGGUGUGUCAGUUUGUCUCUCUGGAGACGCUCAGCCUGUACCACAACUGUGUGCGAUCCCUCACGCCCAGCCUGUGCCAGCUGCCAGCCCUCACCUACCUCAACCUCAG